AAUAAUUUUUUUUAGUUUGCUGCUCCUGUAAGGUUAAAAUCAACAGUCAUCAUAUUCUAAGCUAAUUACAAACAAUGCUAAUGCUAGCAGCUAUGCUACACACACAGAGUAGCUUAAGAAUGACGAAGCAUCUGAUGUUGACAUGUUGGUAUGGGGCCCCAGGGCCCCAAAGAGGCUUGUGCCGGCCCUGUUCAACGGAGACGGCUAACAGGAGACGUUUUCUCCAGAGCGUCUCGACAGAAAGGAGAGUUUUACAGAAUCGAUAUGUCGAAUAACCAGCACUCGCUCUCUGGAGUCCCACAGGGCUCCACGCUUGGAUCGCUGUUAUUCAGCUUUGAUAUUAAUGGACUCCGUCUGAGUGGAGACAUCCACCGAUAUGCAUGAUACUGUCAUCUAUACAUGGAUUAAAAAUCACAUUGGUGAAAAAAUUUACAUAUUUGCAUUUUGUUAGAUUCAAAUUUAUCAUUUAAAUCUCAUAGUAAGAAGAUAAAAAUACUGAUGAUUUCAUGCAGAAAUAAUUUUUCUAAAGCCGACAUCUAGUGAGACGGUGGGCAAACAGUUCUUAGCAGCGCUUACACGAGUUGAUUAACAGCACCAAGACCCUCCUCCUGGCUCUGAUUGGCUGUUUCUGACAGAGAGCUGAAUUACUUUCCACAGAUUUUUUGUAAAACACAUUUUUAAAAACAUUACAUUCUGCAGCUCUGAGCUUGUUUGGUUCCCCAGUUGAAGGUCGAAUGUUUGUAGAUCUUCAGUUCAGCUGCUGCAAAUAACCUGAAUAUUAAAAAAAACUUUAUUUUCACUAAAUGGAAGCAGCAGCUUCACCCAGGAUGCAGAGGAGGAGGAGGAAGAGCAGGGGGCGGAGUCAGUCCCUGGGGAUAAAACUCUCCACAGAGAAUCAGACGCUCAGAGUCAACCGAGCCGGCAGAGCAGAGACAACCAACCAGAACGGACCAGAACCGACGGGUCACAACUCCUCCUCCUGCAGCGCCUCGCUCCAGGUCAGGAUGACUUCCCUUCUCCUGCCGCUCCUCUUCCUGUCGCCGGUCGUCUCCAUCAUGGCGGCUCCAGAACCAGCCGGCUGUAAGAUCCGGAUCACUGAUAAAGGCCUGGAGCUGUUAAAGAUCGAGACUCAGAGGUUUGUGGAAGAGGAGCUCAGUAACAUCAGCAUGCCGGAGAUGAAGGGGACUGAGGGCCGGUUCCAGUACACCAUCACAGAUGUGAAGAUCACAGAACUGAACCUGAGCCAUGCGGACCUGCAGUUUCUCCCAGACGUCGGUCUGCUGUUCGACGUUCAGAACUCGUCCAUCGCUCUGAGCUUCCAGCGCCGGAUCCUCUACUGGUUCUUCUACGACACGGGGAACAUCAACGCAUCGGCCGACGGCGUGAACAUCAACACGGCCGUGAACCUGAUCCGAGACGACGGAGGGCGGCUGAAGAUCAACAACAUCAGCUGUGACGCCAAGAUCAAGAAAAUGAGGGCGGAGUUCAGCGGGACGCUCGGGAAAAUUUAUGACUUCCUGGCCCGAUUUCUGACCACCGGGAUGCGAUUCUUCCUCAACCAACAGAUCUGCCCGGCGCUGAACCACGCUGCUCUGGUUCACGUGAACGCCAUGCUGGAGACGAUCCCGGUGCGGAGCGAAGUGGAUCACUACAUCGGGAUCGACUACUCUCUGAUCAGCGAUCCCGUGGUGACGUCGCGGAGCCUUGACAUGAACUUCAGGGGGAUGUUCUUUGACCUGUCCAACCAGAACCAGCCGCUGGUGAACUACGCGGUGGAGCCGAUCAUCAGGGAGUACGACCGCAUGGUCUACCUCGCGCUGUCCGAGUUCUUCUUCGACAGCGGGAUGUUCGCCUACUACUCUGCUGGGAUCUUCCAAAUGCACAUCGUCAACGAGAAGAUGCCCAAAGAUCUGGAGGUGUUGCUGAGGACGACGUACUUUGGAACCAUCAUGAUGAUGAACCCAGCUCUGGUGGAUGCACCACUGUCGCUGCAGCUUGCUGUCAACUCGCCACCAAAAACCUCCAUCAAAACGUCAGGUGCCACCGUUGUCAUGACAGCCAUCGUCAAGGUGAUGGUUCUGCCUCCAGGCCAACCUCCGGUCCAGCUCAGCAGUAUGACCAUGGAAGCUAAGUUUAAUGCAAAAGUUUCCAUGAGAGGAAAACGUCUGGCUGUACACGCUGAUCUACGCAGGUUUAAGAUCUUCUCCAACCAGUCAGCGCUGGAGUCUCUGGCUCUGAUUCCUCUGCAGGCUCCUCUGAAGACCAUGCUGCAGAUGUCCGUGGUUCCUCUCAUCAACAACUGGACCAAGAGGGGAGUCCGGAUCCCGCUGGCUGAUGGGAUGGAUUUCAUCGAGGAGGUGGUGGAGUAUCACAAUGGUUUCAUCGUGAUCGGAGCCAACCUUCACUUCAGCAAAGGCCUGAGGGAAAUGAUGGCAGGAAGCAGCGACAUCCAGCCCACCGCCAGCACCGCCGUCUAAGCAGAACUGGACCAGGCAGCCAGAACAUUAUGACCACCUGCUACCGUUUCACUCCCAAAACACCUCCGAGCCGCCAGUAGAGGCACCACAGUGCCGAGGGUAGCUAAGCUCUGCUGGUUCUGUGUUAGAAUGAGAGGGAGCAUGUUUAGCUCUGUGUGUGUGUGUGUGUGUGUGUGUGUGUGUGUGUGAACCACUGGAGGAGGGUAAACACGGACUGGACCGUGUAGCCGGACCUUAGAACCAGAGACGUAAAAUCUGAGGGCCUGAAACUGUUGGUGGUCAUAAUCUUCUGCCGGUCUGAUAUAAAUAGAUGAUGUAAAUAUGGACAGACUGAGGAAAGUGAGACGCAGCAGUUUUACUGACACAAACAUAAAAACCUGCUUUAAUCUCUCAGCUGAGCUGCAGGACUAAAGACUAGUUAACAUCUGACUGAACAUCUGGGCUUAAAACCGCCUCACAAAUAAAACCCUUUAGUAAAAACUCAGGUUACCUUCAUGAUGUCAUAGUUCACUAAUCUCAGAGUUUCAGUUUAAGGCUUGAUGCUCAAUUCCAGUUUUUAUGCUGAAUUCCGACAUUUCUUGUGUUUUUUCAUGAAUCUAAAGAGUAAAAAUGAGCAAAACCAGUAAAUUUAGGCCAGCGGCCAUUUUAGUUUCGGGGUCAGCCUGUGAUCUGAGCAGCUCAUGUUUGUGAUCGGCUGAUUUAGGUUAUUAAUGUUUACGAUUUAAUGCCCACCAACCUGAAAUAAACUCGAUGCAUUACUGUUUAAAAUGACACGGAGCUGACAGCGUUUCUCACCAUGGCGACAGAUCUAGAUCAAUUAGAUCUACAUCUAAUUGAUUCACAGGUUUCGACGAAUCGAUAUUUAAUUAGUGAAAAAACUGGAAAGCAUCGAUGAAUCAAUAUUUUUGUUAACUACUACUAACUUGGCAAGUUAGACCCAGAUAGCUUAGCGCUAGCGAGAGCUAGCUGCUAGCGAGAGCUAGCUGCUAGCUAGCGAACUGCCCGGAUCCAGAAAACCUAACCUUUGAACAGACGCUGCCUUCUGUCCGCGGGCUUCCAGCUCUUCUUCUUUUGUUUCUUCUUCUUCUUCUUCUUCUCUUGUUUAUUUUUUUUAUGGCUGUUGGCAAACAACUUGUAGGUGAAUUACCGCCACCUUCCAGGUUGGAGUUUGGAUCAGAUAAUCUCCCCAUAACGCCCGUUAAUUAAGAAAAUAUAAAAUACUCCAAAAGCUGCGUCCCCUGAAGAUCUCUGAAACAUCUCUCUGAUAUCUAGCUUAUUUUUAUUUCUACUUAACUCUCUAAGUAAUUCCUCUCUCCCGUAUAUUUGUUGCAUUCUAAGAAAAUAUGCUGUAUUGUUUCUAAUUUUCCACAAUAAUUACAACAACCUGUAUUAUGUUUAUUACUUAUUUUAAGAGUAUUAUUUAAUCCUGUAUGUCCAAAUCUUAUUCUAGAUAUAACAUCUUCUUCCCCUUUAUUUUUGUUACAUUUUCUAAAUUCCCCAACUUUUUUUUGAUACUAUAAUAAAACCUCGCCUUGUCUCCUCUGUCCCGCUGCUCUCACCAUUUUCUCUUGAUAUACUAUUUUAUAAUAUUCUUAAUCUCAUUUUUACUUGUCUUAAUAUUCAAAUCAACAGUAUUCUUUUUUGAAGCUCUCUUAACUAUCCGCCAGCUCAUUUCCUACCACACCAAACUAGUUUAAUCUGAGAACCACGAGUUUUAAUCCUGGACAUUGAGUGAAUUAUUAUUUCCAAUAUAAUAUUUUACCUUGAUUCUGAAUAAAACUUUUUUCCAUUU